CCGCCCUGCGCCGCCGCCGUCUUUGAGGCUGCUUCCCCCUGGGCUCCCACUCCGGCCCGCCUUCUUCCACCCUCUCCUCGGACGGCACCCGGGCUGUCGAGAAGGACCGGAGAGGAGAAGGUAGAGAGGGACGCGGCGGCCCGGAACGCUCUGACGGUGCUGCAGCGUCGUGGGAACCUCGGCGCCAGGCGCCCGGCCGCCUCAGUAGCUGUCAUGGCCGCUGGUCACGUGACGCCGCCAGGGCCCCGGCCUGCUUGCCCGCGGUUCUAGUUUCCGUACUCGGGGGCUCCGCGACUCCUAGCUUUCCUGGCUUGCGCACCCGGACAUUACCCCAUCUCCCCUCAGGAAGAGUAGCACUCAGACUUUGAGAACCACGGCAGAACACGUCUGGGGAAAAUGACCCAUUGGUUUCAUAGGAAUCCACUGAAAGCGACAGCUCCUAUCUCUUUUAACUACUAUGGUAUGGUCACUGGCCCUUCUGCUUCAAAAAUUUGCAAUGAGUUGAGAUCAUCCAGGAUGCGCCUCCUUGAACUCUUUACUGAUUUGAGCUGUAAUCCAGAAAUGAUGAAGAAUGCAGCAGAUUCGUACUUUUCACUUUUACAAGGUUUCAUAAAUUCACCUGAUGAAUCUACCCAGGAAAGCAAACUUAGAUAUAUUCAAAAUUUCAAGUGGACUGAUACAUUGCAAGGACAGAUUCCAAGUGCCCAGCAGGAUGCUGUUUUUGAAUUGAUUUCCAUGGGCUUUAAUGUAGCAUUAUGGUAUACCAAAUAUGCUUCAAGAUUGGCUGGAAAAGAAAACGUAACAGAAGAUGAAGCAAAAGAAGUCCAUCGCAGCUUGAAAAUUGCAGCUGGGAUUUUUAAACAUUUAAAGGAAAGUCAUAUACCCAAACUGAUUACACCUGUAGAAAAGGGAAGGGAUUUAGAGACCCGGCUCAUAGAAGCUUACAUUAUCCAGUGUCAAGCUGAAGCUCAAGAAGUAACAAUCGCCCGAGCAAUCGAACUCAAACAUGCUCCUGGACUGAUUGCUGCACUGGCAUAUGAAACAGCUAGUUUCUAUCAAAAAGCUGAUCAUACUUUAUCCAGUUUGGAGCCUGCAUAUUCUGCUAAAUGGAGAAAAUAUCUUCACUUGAAAAUGUGUUUCUACACAGCUUAUGCUUACUGUUAUCAUGGGCAGACUUUGCUGGCUAGUGAUAAGUGUGGUGAAGCAAUCAGGUCUCUCCAAGAAGCAGAAAAAUUAUAUACCAGAGCAGAAGCACUUUGCAAGGACUAUGGAGAAACCAAAGGACCUGGACCAACAGUCAGACCUUCUGGACACUUGUUCUUUAGGAAGCUUGGGAGCCAAGUGAAGAAUACCCUGGAAAAAUGUCAGAGAGAAAAUGGAUUCAUUUACUUUCAGAAAAUUCCAACAGAUGCUCCACAGCUGGAACUCAAAGCAAAUUAUGGGCUGGUAGAGCCUGUACCUUUUGAAUUUCCUCCUACGAGUCCUCACUGGACACCAGAAACCAUGGCAGCAUUUGAUCUUACCAAGAGACCCAAGGAUGACAGUGCCAAACCUAAACCAGAAGAAGAAAUGAAGCCAGUGAAAGAACCAGAUAUCAAACCUCAGAAGGAUACUGGAUGCUACAUCUCCUAAUUGCACUGUGCACUAGAAUCUCUGCUUGCAGAUAAGAUAUGCCACAGAACUUCAGUUCCUAUUUCUUGAAAUGAUACAUCUGACACUAUGGAAUAAUUAUUAAAUUCAGAAGGAAUUGGCUUUCAGAUCAUUCUUAAAUGUAGAAAUGGUUCAUGCUUUGUCUCUGGAC